AUGGAGGCCUCCCGUGGCCCUCCCCGGGUCAAGAACAAGGCCGCUGCGCCGGUUCAGAUCUCCGCAGAGCAACUGCUCCGCGAGGCCGUUGAUCGGCAAGAGCCUGGUCUUGAGGCGCCAACACAACGCUUUGCCGAUCUUGAAGAAUUACAUGAGUACCAAGGCCGGAAGAGAAAGGACUUUGAAGACUAUGUGCGGCGGAACCGUAUUAACAUGAACAACUGGAUGCGCUAUGCCGCUUGGGAGCUCGAACAAAAAGAAUUCCGUCGGGCACGAUCCAUCUUUGAGCGCGCGCUUGAUGUUGAUCCAACUUCAGUGGUUCUAUGGAUUCGGUACAUCGAAGCUGAGAUGAAGACUCGGAAUAUCAACCAUGCCCGAAACCUCCUCGACCGUGCCGUGACCAUCCUUCCCCGCAUCGACAAGCUCUGGUAUAAGUAUGUCUACAUGGAAGAAACAUUGGGAAACAUCCCCGGUACCCGCCAGGUGUUCGAGCGAUGGAUGUCAUGGGAGCCGGAAGAAGGGGCGUGGGCCGCAUACAUCAAGCUGGAAAAGAGGUACAGCGAAUUCGAACGAGCACGCGCAAUUUUCCAACGCUUCACUGUCGUCCACCCAGAACCCCGAAACUGGAUCAAAUGGGCCCGCUUCGAGGAGGAAUUCGGAACAAGCGAUCUGGUCCGUGAGGUCUAUGGUUUGGCAAUCGAGACGUUGGGAGAGGACUUCAUGGACGAGAAGCUCUUCUCGGCGUAUGCCAAAUUUGAGGCCAAGUUGAAGGAGUACGAGCGCGCACGAGCGAUCUACAAGUAUGCCUUAGAUCGACUUCCACGGUCGAAGGCGAUGGCCCUUCAUAAGGCCUACACAACCUUUGAAAAACAGUACGGUGACCGUGAAGGCGUGGAGGACGUGAUUUUAUCCAAGCGGAGAGUACAGUACGAAGAACAGCUCAAGGAGAACCCUCGCAACUACGACAUAUGGUUCGACUUCGCACGGUUGGAGGAAACCUCAGGCGACCCAGAGCGAGUGCGGGACAUCUACGAACGGGCCAUUGCACAGAUUCCGCCAUCUCAAGAGAAAAGACAUUGGCGCCGCUAUAUCUAUCUUUGGAUAUUUUACGCCAUAUGGGAAGAGAUGGAGGCGAAGGAAAUGGACCGAGCCAGUCAAAUUUAUCAGGAAUGUCUGAGGAUAAUUCCACACAAGAAAUUCACAUUCGCCAAGGUCUGGCUCAUGAAGGCUCAGUUUGAAGUUCGCCAAAUGCAACUCCAAGCAGCAAGGAAAACAUUGGGCCAGGCGAUUGGAAUGUGCCCGAAAGAUAAACUUUUCCACGGCUAUAUCGAUAUUGAAAUGCGAUUGUUUGAGUUUGCGCGGUGUCGUACUCUGUGCAUGAAGCGCAUUGAAUGGAACCCCUCCAACAGUGAGUCCUGGCUGAAUUUCGCGAACCUGGAACUUGAGCUAGAUGAUUCGGAACGAGCGAGGGCCAUCUACGAGCUUGGUAUCGAGCAACCAACGCUUGAAAUGCCAGAGCGGGUGUGGAAGGAGUACAUCAAUUUUGAAAUAUCCGAAAUGGACUAUGAACGAGUGCGACAACUGUAUGAGCGUCUUCUUCAGAAGACUGAUCAUCUCAAGGUGUGGCUCGACUAUGCCAAGUUUGAACUGAGUACCAUGGAUGAAGAAGAGGAGGACAUGGAAGCGUCUAGGAAAGAUGCAAUCAAACGUGCGCGUGGGAUCUUCACCCGGGCACACAAGCUGUUCAAAGACAAAGAGCUCAAAGAUGAGCGUGCAGAAGUUCUCCAUUCAUGGCAGUCAUUCGAGCAAGCAUUUGGCUCAGCCGAGGAUAUCGACAAGAUUGACAAACAAAUCCCCCGGAAAGUCAAGAAGCGCCGCAAGUUGGAGGACGAUAAGUACGAGGAAUACAUGGACUGGGUGUUCCCUGCAGACGACCAGUCCGCUGCCAAUCUUUCUCGUCUGCUUCAAAAGGCACACCAAUGGAAGCAAAGCCAGUCUUAG